GUAUACAACGGAAACAUACCUGUGCUGGUCGUCGCCGAACCAGAACUCGUAAAACAGAUUUGCGUCAAAGAUUUUCACGUAUUUCCCGACCGGAACCGUAAUCGAGUCGUUCACCCGAUUCUCGGCAAACACUUAGUGACCGUUUGUGGCGAUGACUGGAAGCGGAUCCGAUCGAUAGUGACUCCAACUUUCAGUUCCAGCAAAAUGAAGAAUAUGUUUCCAAUGAUCAGAAAUUGUUUGCAAAAUUUUAUCAAUGAGUUGGAAGUGUUGGCCAUCGAUGGUAAAGAGGUAAACGUGAAGACACUGUACGGUCAGUACACAAUGGAUGUGAUCUCUACGUGUGCUUUUGCCACCAAAACCAAUACAUACAAAGACCCGAACGAUCCCAUUUUCUUCAUCUUCCCGGAGCUGAACGUCGGCGUCACUAUAGAUCGGAUCCGUUUCCAGUCGUCGCCGCUUUCGGCCACCAAAUGGCGGCUCAGAAUCGGAUGCCUUCUGGUGUUAGUGUUGCGAUCAGUGAAGACGUUAAAGUCUUUCACACAAAUCUGUUUUAUGAGCUCCGGUUCGGCCACUAUUAGCACCGGUCUGUUUCCCGAAUAG